GCCGCCGUGCGCGCAGGCACUACAGUCCUCAUUCUGUGCACGAGCCGGACGCUCAGACUGAACUACGACGUCAACCACACCGGGAACACUUUCUUCUCCUAAAAUGAACCCGCACCACGGCGAAAUUUAACAACCUCCGCACAGCAGACCUUCUUAUUAGAAGCCACCGCUGCGGGUUUGGUUCACAGACUGUCUGCCUGGCGGGGGGCGCGGACAGAAUUGUCGGCGCUGCCCUAAAUGAUGUGCCGGAGACUGGAGUGUGGAGAGAGGUGGACCAGACUGCUACAAUAAACUACUCGGAGUCUGAAAACAGUGGAGAAUAUAACGGGGUGGAAGGAGUGAACAUCUGCGCCAAGUGUAUCAUCUGAAAGGACAGUUUGGGCCAUUUCUACGACAGCAAUAACAGCACUUUGAAAAGACCAACUUCACUGUUGCCGUCGACUCGAUGCUGGAAGCUGCUGGGCUGAGGCAGUGAGGAGAUGCGCGGUGUAACAUGGAUCUCCGAGAAGGGAUAAACACCAGCGAACACCGAAGGGAACGAACUCAGAAGAACGGCGAAAGUGCUGGAAAGGACAAAGCCAGGAUUCUACACACCUGUGAUUGGAUGUGAGCCUGUAUUGACCUGAGACCAUUAAAAUGGAGUUGCCAUGGAAACUUAUACUGCUGCUGUCAUUGGUGGAGUGUCUGGCAGGAAGCGGAGUCCUGCUGCGGCCCGUGUUUACCAAACAACCCGGCAGUGUGGUGUUUCCCCUUCAACCUGGCGAGAACCGCAGAGAGGUGGUGUUUAGCUGUGAGGCCCAGGGACACCCACCACCAUUCUACAGGUGGAGACUCAAUGACUCUUUCAUCAUACCCAGACCGGGGUCACGUUACUCUCUCAUGGGAGGAAACUUACACAUCAGCCAUCUGAAUAAAGAGGGAGAUGUUGGCGUCUAUCAGUGUCUGGCAUCAAACUCUUUUGGCACCAUUGUCAGCAGGGAGGCCAGUCUGCACAUUGCAUACCUGGAGAACUUCAAGACCCAGAGAAGAAGUCCAGUGAGGGUUCGUGAAGGUCAAGGAGUGGUCUUACUGUGUGGUCCACCCCAGCACUCGGGAGAACUCACCUUCACGUGGAUCUUCAAUGAGUACCCGUCAUUUGUAAUCCAGGACACGCGGCGGUUCGUGUCCCAGAAGACGGGCAACCUCUACAUCGCCAAAGUGGAACCCUCUGAUGUGGGGAACUACACUUGUGUAGUCACAAACACUGUCACCAAAAGCAGCGUUCAAGGACCACUGACUCCUCUAGUGCUGCGAGUCGAUGGUGUGAUGGGUGAAUACGAGCCAAAGAUCGAAGUGCAGUUCCCUGAAGUCGUGCCUGUCGCUAAGAGCUCAACCGUCAAACUGGAAUGCUUUGCACUCGGAAACCCAGUGCCAACUGUCAGCUGGAGAAGAGUUGAUGGAGCCUCUUUUGGCAGGAAGGUGGACAUAAAUAAAGCCAGUGGAGUUCUCGAGAUCCCUUACUUCCAGCAGGAGGAUGCGGGGAUAUAUGAAUGUGUGGCUGAAAACAGUAGAGGGAAAAACUCGGUGAAAGGAAAGCUGUCUUUCUACGCUGCACCUCACUUGACUGAGAAGCCUCAGGAUGUGCAGAAGACCAUUGAUGACACUCUUGAGUGGGAAUGCAAAUCCAGCGCAAAACCCAAACCCUCGUACCGCUGGCUGAAGAACGGUGAGCCUCUUGACCCAAUGGAGCAGGACAGAUUUCAGGUGAAUAACGGAGUGCUGACGAUCAGCAGCUUGAAUUUGGCCGACAUCGGCAUGUACCAGUGUGUGGCCGAGAACAAGCACGGGCGAAUCUUCACCAACGCUGAGCUCCGUGUCAUAGCCAUCGCUCCAGACUUUUCCCAGAACUUGUUGAAGGCCCAAACUCUGGCUCGACAGGGUGGCGAUGUCCUGAUCGAAUGCAAGCCAAAAAUGUCUCCUCGGGGUGUGAUUUCAUGGAGAAAGGGAAAAGAAGCAUUGAGAGAGAGCCACAGAGUGACUGUGUUGGAUAAUGGGAGCCUUCGGAUUUCCAAUGUUAGUAAAAUGGAUGCUGGGCUCUACACGUGUGUGGCCAGAAACCAGUUUGGAGUAGCGAGCAGUGCUGGGAGCCUUCUGGUUAAAGAGCCCACUGCGAUCACAAGUCCAGCAGGUCAUCUGGAUGUGACGGUGGGUGAGAGCAUUGUGCUGCCCUGUCAGGUAUCACAUGACGCAACGCUGGACCUCAAGUUCACUUGGUUUUUUAAUGAGCAGCUCAUCCACUUUGGAAGCCACUGGGCCUAUUUUGAAAAAGUUGGUGGGCGCUCAGCCGGUGACAUCAUGAUCCGGAACAUUCAGCUGAGACAUGCUGGGAAGUACACGUGUGCAGUCCAGACCAAGGUGGACAGCGUGUCUAUUGCUACUGAUGUGGUUGUACGAGGUCCUCCAGGCCCCCCUAUAGACUGUCAGGUGACUGAUGUGACAGAGACCACUGCCUCUGUGUCCUGGGGACCUGGGAUGGACAACCACAGCCCCAUCCUCAGCUUCACCAUCCAAGCCAGAACACCUUUCUCUCUUGGAUGGCAGGCUGUCACCACCAUUCCUGAGCAGCUUGGGGGGAAGCAGCUGUCAGCCACUGUCAUUGACUUGAGUCCCUGGGUGGAGUACGAGUUCCGAGUCCUGGCAACCAACAGCAUUGGAACAGGAGAGCCCAGCAAACCCUCCAAAAAGGCCCGCACCAAGGAAAUGCUACCCAGGGUGACUCCUGCCCGAGUGAACGGUGGAGGUGGUGGACGUUCGGAGCUGGUCAUCACUUGGGAGCCUGUUCCUGAGGAGCUGCAGAGCGGUCCGGGCUUUGGUUAUGUGGUGGCUUUCCGCCCACUUGGAGCACCGAGCUGGAUGCAGGCUGCUGUCACAUCGCCGGACGCCUCGAGAUAUGUCUUCAAGAAUGAGAGUAUCCCUCCCUUCUCCCCGUACCAGGUCAAAGUGGGGGUGUAUAACAACAAAGGAGAGGGUCCUUUUAGCCCCGUGACUACCAUCUACUCAGCAGAGGAAGAGCCUAGCAGAGCUCCAGGGAGGCUGAGGGCAAAGAGUGUAUCAGCGUCCGAGGUGGAGGUCACCUGGAAGCCACUGGCCUGGAGCAACAACCGCAGACGCAUCCUGGGCUACGAGUUGCAGUACUGGGGUGAAAGGCAGAAGCAAGACACAGCCAGUGUGAUCAGGACGGUGGGGAAUAAAACUUCAGUACUCAUCAGGGAUCUGGAGGGCAGCAGUACCUAUUACCUGUCCCUGCGGGCCUACAACAGCGCUGGAGUGGGUCCACAGAGCAUCAUAGUCAAUGUCACAACCAAGAAACCACCGCCGAGUCAAGCUCCGGACAAAAUCAUGUGGAACACUUCCAACUCCAAGGUCAUCCUGAGGUGGGACCAAGUGCAUGCUCUGGAGAACGAGUCGGAAGUCACAGGAUAUAAGGUGAUGUACAGCCAGGACAAACACAGUCGUCCCAGCGUGGUGGAGACAAACACCACCUCCUUGGAGUUGUCGCUGCCAGUCAACCAGGACUACGUCAUCCAGAUUAAACCCUUCAGUGAGGGAGGGGAAGGCAGCAGCAGUCGCCAGAUCACCAUCCCCAAGAUAGCAGGCCCCAUAGCCACGGGAGCAUCCUCUGAGUCUUCAGCAUGUCCCUUUGUCAACCUCGCAGCAUUAAUCCUCACAGCCAGGACUGUACUAUGACAAACAUCUGCAGGAACCAGGCUUUACAGCUGCUUAUUAAGAGGAAAAACAGCAGGUCACAGACAACAAUAGGCUGACUGCCACUUUCCACCUGCUCCCUUCCCUACCCUGCCGUGUCUUUACUCUUCUUUUUAAAAAAGAUCUCUCAGUGAGGAAGGUUCUUUCCCUCCACCUUUCUAAAGGAGUAAGUGAAAGAAAACUGCCUCUUUCAGACAUUGCUUUUAUGGAAAUGAAAGGAUGCGUGACUGGACUACAGUCCUUUUGAAGAUGUUUUGCUCUUUGCCUCCUUCUAACCGGGAACCGACGGAUACCCUCAUAUGGUUUUAACCUUGGAGGCCCAGUGGUGUGUGAUGCACAAUAGGAUGGAUGUGUAUAUGUUUUCUUUGUGGGGCUGUGCAGGCUCUGUGUAAUGGAUAUGUAUGUACCUCUGAACUUUUCUUGGAGCAUUUUAUCUUGAUUGGAGAUGGAGGAGACCUAAAGCCCUUACAUAGCUCAUAUUUAUGUGAGUGAAGUUAUAUUUAAGACAAGAGAUGGGUGGUGUCUUUUCCUUCCUUUGUUUGGACUGUCCUUGGAAAGCUCCCCACUCUGUCUAAGAAGAAAAAACAACUGUUACUAAUCCCUUCACCAGGGAGCUUAGCCUCAUUGCUUUAUGACAAAACCACAAUAUGGACCUUUGUAACUUUGCCUGGAUUUUAUUCAUGCUUUUAUGUUACAUCCAAACCUCAGAGUUGCCAUGAGAAUGACUGUAACCAAAGGUAUUGAGCCAGAAUGGUUCAGUUCCACCUGUUGUAUCAUUUUUGAGAGACAUGCAGCGUGUACACCCCCAGUUUGGCUUCCAUUGUAAACAGCAGGCUUGUGUUGAUUAAUUGAUGUCUUACCCUCCUCUCUCAUUCAUGUUAAGUGUGUAACAUCGGCACGCUGAGGAGCGCAGGCCACAUUGUUGCACACUGUAUGUAUGAAAUCCUCAGGUCCCAAAUGAGCCUUAAGUCUUAUGAUUAUGCUCCAUGUUGUUGUUAUUGUUCCAGAGAAGUUGUAUUUAUUUUUCUUCUCUGUUUAGCCGCAUUGUGUUUUGGCUCACUCAUUCUAUAAUUUAUGAAUAACUGACCUUACUGUAGGCUAUGUUGACAUUUUUCACUUUUGUUACAUUUUGGAUCAUAUUUGGGCAUUUUGGGCUCAGAAAAAAAACAUGCCUUUCUCCCCUGUCCUUCAUGAUGAGCAUUGUAAUACAGUACAAGUGACAGUGAUGACUGACUUCUACAAAGCAGGGAUGGUAUUUUACCCUCGGCUGCUGUUUGGCAUGAGAUCAGUCAGUGUAUGUACGAACCUACGCUGCUUAGGAUGUCUGAACGGACCAACCUGCUUUUAAUAAACAUAAUGCCAUUUUCCUUA